GUGACUAUGUAAACAUGGCCGACGAGAAAAAUUCAUUCGAGUUACAUCAAAGUGUCUUUAAUGGUGACAUACGAAGAGUCUCUGCUCUCAUUCGGACUUAUGACGUUGCCAAGAAGGAUAAACAUGGAAAUACACCACUUCACCUUGCUGUUAUGUUGGGGCAUAAAGAAUGUAUACAUCUGCUCCUAGCGCACGGUGCCCCGGUGAAAGUCAAAAAUGCUAAUGGUUGGAGUCCCCUGGCUGAAGCCAUCAGUUAUGGUGACAGACAAACUAUCACAGUAUUAUUGCGGAAGUUGAAACAGCAGUCUCGAGAACACAUGGAAGUCAGAAGACCCGACCUAGUGCGAGCACUUUCACAAAUGGGAGAUUUUUACAUGGAGCUGAAAUGGGAUUUUCAGAGUUGGGUUCCGCUUGUGUCCAGGAUGCUACCGUCCGAUAUUUGUAAAAUCCACAAAAAGGGAGCCGCUAUUCGCUUGGACACUACACUUGUGGAUUUUAAUGAUAUGCGAUGGGAGAGAGGAGACAUCAGCUUCUUGUUUUCUGGCAGUUCCAAACCAUCACACUCACUAACUGUACUUGACAACAAACUUAAAGUAUAUCAGAAUAUUCGGCAUGAGGAAACAGAGGCAGAAAUGGAAGACGAGGUGGACAUUCUCAUGAGUUCAGAUAUUGUGGCAGCACAAAUGUCAACAAAACAAAUCACCUUUUCUAGAGCUCAGACAGGUUGGAUAUUCAGAGCAGACAAAAAGGAAAUGGUUGGCAAGUUUAAUGCUGAUUUUUAUUACCUAAAUGGGUUGACGAUAGAAUCUCGGAAAAGAAGAGAACAUUUAAGUGAGGAAGAUUUGCAGAAGAACAAAGCAAUCAUGGAGAGCUUCACAAAAGGCAGUGGAACACACUCAUUUGAUGAGACUGUCAGACGAGCAUCUUUAGAGCCCCCCACAAAUGAGCCAGUGUCUUGGGAGACGUAUAUUGAAGCAGAAGCAGGGAAGCCACCUCCACUAGGACGAAUGCUUAUUUGCAAGGAGUCUUCAAAAUCCUUUAAAGCUACAGUAGCAAUGAGUGAAGAAUUCCCUCUUACAGUUGAGAUGCUCUUGAAUGUCUUGGAAGUUAUUGCUCCCUUCAAGCACUUUGCAAAACUGAGGGAAUUUGUCCAGAUGAAACUCCCCUCAGGUUUCCCAGUCAAAAUUGAUAUCCCAAUCUUGCCAACAGUCUCAGCAAAAAUUACAUUCCAAGAGUUUGCAUUUAGAGACGAUAUUCCAGAUGCCUACUUUGAAGUCCCUACAAAGUAUAGGGAAGAUCCAAAUAGGUUCCCUGAAUUAUGACGGUAUGAGGACCUAAGUCUUGUGAGUAUCUCCAGUGUGCAGGAGCCCCAACAACCGCAUGAAUAUCGUGUCAUUGGAUCAAGGAUCGGUGAAUCUUCAUUAACUGGUGCAUGCGUCAG